AUGUAUAGUUAAAAUCAUGGUAUAUUCAACUCUCUCAUGAAAUAAUUAGAACCAUACUAAUUUGAUGAACCUACAUUACCAUAAUGGUAAUUAUCGAGUAUCAAAUAACUUAUUUUAUCUCCUUAUUUUGAAAAUGCAUAAGAAAUUUAGAGUUCAAAUUUUGAAUUUGUCAAGAUAUAAAAUGGUCGUGUAAGCUUCAAAGUUACAUUACCUGCAAAAACAUAAUUAAAUUUCUUACUAAGACGCAAUUUUUAAGUGGUAUGAGUUACUAAUUAAGAGAUCUUAGGAUUAGGGGAGGGAAAAUUAAUUUGUAAAACAGAGCAUAGCAUUAAUGAAAUACCUUUAAAAUAACCAUGUAAUGUAAUGAAACCAUUUGAAUUAAUUAAUUAAGGAUUAAAAGAGUGUAAAGUAGGAAUACAAGUUAGUUGA